GCUGAAAAGGGAAUAUAGACAGUUGAGUGAAAGCACAUCAACGAAAUUAAACCGCAGGAAUUUAUUACAAGAUUUUAAGGCCAAGAGUUCAUCGGGCUUCAAAUUGGCCUCAUUAGUCAGGAAAAGAUGUAAGUCUCUCCAAAAACCAUUUAGAGAAAAAGAUCACAUUCCGUUCUGGAUACAGCGUAUGGAGUUGGCAUCUGAAAACCGAAGUCUGUACUGCCCUGUUGAGAAAGUCGGUACAACCUUUUGGAGGAGAGCCAUUUAUCAAACUUUGCAUAGAAAUGAAAUAAAUCACCCUUACGAAGUUUCAAUAUAUCAGGCGUUAUCUCAAAAUUUCAUUCAUCCAGUUGCCAAUCAAACGACGAUUGAUAUUAAAAGCGACUUUAAAUUCUUUUUCGUAAGAAACCCUUUCCAUCGGAUUCUCUCAGCAUAUAUUGACAAAAUUUUCGUUCCCAACCCGCAAUUUUGGGAUCAGUUUGGAAAACCUUCUAUACAGUUGUUUAGGAAACAAAGCAAUAGCACGUGUUACCAUGACGCAAGUUUCUCGGAGUUCGUCCAGUUUGUUACCUGGUCCGUGAAGAACUUCAGGAAAGCUGAUCCCCAUUUCUUACCUGCUACAGAAAUGUGUGUGCCAUGUACUGUGAAUUUUACCUUCGUCGGUAAAAUGGAAUCGUUCAGAGAAGACAUGUUUCCGGUUCUUGAAAAUCUUCAAUUAGAGAAUGCAAUUCCUUUUCUUGAGGACGGUUUAAAGGAAAAGUCUGUCUUUGAUGCACUUGAAGACAGUAUAUUUAGUCCGUACAGCUGGCGAAAAGAUAUUCUAAGAUGUAUGGGUUGGCACGAAGCUUUGCAAAGAAUUUGGAGGAAGCUUCAAAUGCGAGGUUUAAUUGGCAUGGAUAAAAAAUUUCCAUUAACAAGAUAUGCAUCGGCAAGAAUCAGUAAAGAAAUGUUCUUGGAAACUGCAAAAAGUGCUUGGAGAAACUCCGAUAGUUCAAAGUUGAAGAAACAAAAGAGAGAAGUUUUUAUUGAAAUGUAUCGUUCUGUGCCGGUAGAUGUUUUAAAACGAUUCGCUGCAAAUUUUGAGUUGGACUUUCAUUUAUUUGACUAUGAUCCUUCGCCUAAAGAGAUAUUUGAUAGAACAAAGUCUUCCAGCAGACGACAUUUUGCAGACUUUAGGCAUUAAAGGGUCUCCACUUAGGUCUAAUAGCCUAAAAUAAUAAAAUUAAAAUUUGGAAUUCUCCUAUCAAUAAAACUGAUGCUUAUAAAAUGGAAAACUUUGCUAAAUGUGAUAAGUAAAUAUACUUUGUACUAAAUUAAUAAUCGAUAUGUAUGCGUAUUUUGGCCGGUUAGAGUAAAAAGCGUUGCAACGCUUUUCAAUUUGGGGUCUUUGCGCAAUAAAAAUGAUUAUCCCUCAGAAACGGAGUGAGCAAAUGAUCUGAAAUUUUGCACAAGAGUUAUUUAUCUAAACCCACAUAAGUCGUACAGAACUCUUGAAAAAGAUAUUUUCAGUCUCUUCAUGUCAAGAAAAAAAACUCAGCGGAGUCCCUUUAACAUAAAAGAAUAUAUUUGUGUGUGUUGAGGUUUGUUAACCCUCCCCACCGGAAAAAAUACCAUAUGGGCCAGCAUCAAAGAAUGUAUAUUUAUUCAUUAUAUAAAAUAGAAGAUCAAACAAAUCUUUUCAUGCAUUUCAGUAAAAUAAUGUAUUUAACAUAACAUAUACCAUUUUAACAAGAAUAAAUGUCUCGCAUAUCGUUCAAGAAAAUUCAAUUUUUUUUGUUAAAAGUCAUCCAACUGGUGAUGGGUUUACAUUGACUCUGAAAGUAAAACAGAAAUUACGAUUACUUCCCCUUCGUGUUUGUAGUACAUCUGCUCUU